UAGCAUCGCUAACCUGCAGCACAUGUGAAGUUCAUAGCCGGUUUAUUAACACCCUUCCGGGUCCAUUUGCGUCUUUUAACUGUUUUUGCUCAAUGUUAUCAAAACUGUGGGGUGAGGCGGAGAUUUAAACACUUAGACGCCUUUAGGCCGCUUAUUAGCUUCUGCUAGCCUGGAUGCUAACUGACUGUCCAGUUUUAAGAAAACGAUAUAACUCACGCCUUUAGACACAAGUUAAACAUCCGGUAUCUGUUCUUGAGUGAAGUCAGUCGUUUAGCAAAAUAAACCGCUUAGUAAUUUUAAAAUGCUUACUGAACGAAACUUAACUAAAAGUGGUUGAGCAGUUCAAAGCUUCACAUGUGUAGAAGAUCUGCUGCCAGAGUUGGUAAAGCAUUUGAAUAAUUCAAGCUACAAGGCCUUCGUGGAUGUUAGACCGGUGAUUGAUUAGUGGAUUGCAAGUGCAUGAAUUCCCCAGCAUCACAGCAAGAGGCACAAGAUGAUCAUGAUGCAUCCACAGAAAAUGUAGAGGACCCCAACCAUGACCCUCAGUUUGAACCCAUUGUCUCGCUACCUGAGCAGGAUGUCAAGACCCUAGAGGAGGAUGAGGAAGAACUUUUCAAGAUGAGGGCAAAGCUGUAUCGUUUUGCCAGUGAUAACGAUCCCCCUGAGUGGAAGGAGCGUGGGACGGGUGAUGUCAAACUCCUGCGACACACAGAGAAGGGUUCCAUCCGCCUUCUCAUGAGAAGAGACCGCACCCUUAAAAUCUGUGCCAACCAUAACAUUAUGCCGUUGAUGGAGCUGAAGCCCAAUGCAGGCAGUGACAGGGCCUGGGUGUGGAAUACACAUGCUGACUUUGCAGAUGAAAAACCCAAACCAGAGCUGCUGGCUAUUCGAUUCCUCAAUGCAGAGAAUGCACAGAAGUUCAAGAUGAAGUUUGAUGAAUGCAAAGAAGAGGUCAGAAAAUCUCUAGAAGGUAGCAUGAACAGCGCUAACAAAGUGGCAGAGAAGCUGGAGGAGCUGUCUGUGAAUGAUGACAAGACAAAGAGUUCAGAGGAGAAGAAAGAAGAGGUGAAGGAAGAGAAGAAAGAGAAGGCUGGUGAGGAGGAGAAGAAAUGAGCCCAGGAACGCCGCUUCAUACGGAUCCUCCACUUGCUAUUUUCCCCUUUUCUACAACAGACUCUGAAAAUGAAAAAUUGGACAGUUUUCUUUUUGACCACAACUUCACAAGACCUUGGUGCCACUCUUAAUGCAUCCAUUUCUCAGUCAUUAAGAUGUUGUGAGCUUUUGUCCCAUUCAUAAACUGUAAUUUCGCCCUUCAUUUUCUCAUACGUUGUGGACCAGUCGUCAGUCAUCAUGUAUUUGUGUAUUUACAUGACAUGCUAUGAUACAAGGCUUGUGCUAUUGAUUGAUUCCCACAUUGGGUAACCUCUUUUGUUGUUUUUCUUUUGUACUUUAAAGAGUAAUAUUGCGAGUGUCUAGAUAAGAGAGUGGGCUGUAUGAGUUGAUAGGGAGAAUGAGUAUCUGAGAUCUUUGACUUUUCCUAACAAUAAAGUCACACGAGGAACAUUUGACUUCUCUGUGGCUUGAAUUUACUAUUGAAUGACUAAAAUGGCUAAUUUUCUGUGGAGGGCUGCAUCUGGCAAAAAAUAAAAUGUCAGCUCUUUCAUGAAUAACUGAAGGAAGUUUUCAACCUGUAAUGAGUGUGACCCUCUUCUGUUUGAAAUAGUAAUCAAGAAAAUAAAAAUGGUUGACUCUCAAUUGAGUGUGGGAAAAGUAACAAGAAUUAAAAAUGUCGAGGGGCCUAUCCUGUGAUGAUGCACAAUAAAUGCUUUUUUUU